UAUUAUUGGACCGAUUACUACUCCUCCCUCCACUCACUGGCUGCAGAAACACACAGGGAGGUUUCCAGUCCAACAGGCUGAGCUGCUGUUGCGAUUGUAGCUACGGAGCAGCAUCACAGUCCUGCUCCUCUUCAGGGAGAUUAUUAACUGUUUUAUCAUUAAUAAGGACUGGAGAAGACUACACCUGUACUUGUAGUUUAGCUGUGUACACCUGUAUUUGAUGCUUUCUGUUCUUUGACCACCGUGUUCUCUUGGAGACGCUGAUUUGUCCCCCACAUGCUCCUGCACAUCUUUUUUACUUUGGCUUCUUUGAUCUGGAGGCGCUGAACGCACGCGAGCAGAAAAAUCAGAGGUUGGAGGAUUGCACAGAGACAGUUAAGGACCAGGGUUGUUCAUCAAAGCCUGGAUGAUGAUGAUUUGUUGCCUCCAGACUCUGCUGUUGUUGGGGGCUCCACUGGUUCUCUCAGGCAGGGUCCUGACUGCCCCCACAGCCCCAAACAAUUUCUUCUACCACAACUUCCUCAGUAGAAAUGGCAGCAAACAAAUUCAUUUCAGUGGUGUGAAGCUCCAUGUGGACUCUGCUCAGGCGUCAGUGUUUGCAGUCAGAGGGGGUAAUGUCACUCUGCCAUGCAGGUUUUGGUAUGAGCCUGAGUUGAGUUCACCAAGAGAGGUCAGGAUCAAGUGGUCCUGGGUCCCUGCUGCUGGGGGACAUGAGACAGACGUGCUGCUGGCGAUCAGCCCCCACAGUCGAAGCUUUGGGGAAUUCAGGGGUCGUGUGCAGCUCAGACAGGAUUUCCCAGGAGAUGCAGCACUGUUGAUGACUGAACUCCAGUUGAAUGACACGGGCCGUUACCACUGUGAAGUAGUGGACGGACUGGAGGACAAGAGCGUUUCAAUUGAUCUGGAGUUACGAGGUGUGGUGUUUCCCUACCAACACCCUCAUGGUCGUUACCACCUGAGCUUCCAGGGAGCCCAGCAGGUCUGUGAGAAGCAGGACUCCACACUGGCCACCUUCACACAGCUCUUCCAGUCCUGGAAGGAGGGCCUGAACUGGUGCAAUGCAGGCUGGCUGGCUGACGGAACAGUCCAGUACCCCAUCACCCAGCCCAGGGUGCCCUGCGGCGGGCACGGCCUCGCCCCAGGUGUUCGGAGCUAUGGCAGACGGCACCUGCACCUUCAUCGCUAUGAUGUCUUCUGCUUCUCUUCGCUCAGAGGGAGGGUUUACUAUCUUCAGCCCUCUCACAAGAUGAACCUGACUGAGGCUGAGCAGGCGUGUGAGCGGGACGGAGCAGAGAUCGCCAAAGUUGGACAGCUCUACGCUGCCUGGAAGUUCACAGGGUUGGACAACUGUGACGCCGGCUGGCUGGCUGAUGGAAGCGUUCGCUAUGCCAUCACCAGGCCACGCCAAAACUGUGGCCCCUCUGAGCCAGGGGUCCGCAGCCUUGGCUUCCCGCCUCCACAACACAAGCAUGGAGUCUACUGCUACAAGUCCGAUUAUGAAUGAAUAUAGAUCUCCACAGCUCCUCUGUUGGGUUGGAAAUGUAAAGUUGACACACUAUGUAUCCUUCUGUGAUUCACAAAUACUUUGUAAACCAGUGGUUCCCAGCCUGGGUGUCGAGGCCACUCCGUGGAGUUAGAAGAAAAAUCUGAGAGAAAAAGAGGAAAGCAGAAAAAAUGACUCAAAAAAACAUUUACUUUUUCUUCCUCAUGCCUCUAGAAAAUAAUGAAAACUUUUCUUUAUCUGGUUAUAGACAGUGGUGAUGGCUAAAAAAGUAGAUAUUGCUUUACUCUUUUCUUACUCUGGUGUAUUAUUUGCCUUUACUGGACAGAAUGACAAUGAAGAUACAGAUAGGAAACAUGGGGAGAGAGCAGUAUGUCAUUCAAUAAAGUACCCUGACUGUAAAUCAAACCAGGGAUACUGCAGUUACACGGUAUAACACUAGGCCAACAGGAAGCCUCAACAUUGCUUCUUCUAAUAGAUUGAAAAGGUUUGGAACCACUGCUCUUAUUGUAUUUUAUUAUGAGUGCAUUAUCUGUAUAUUUUUCAUUUUGAACGUGAGAGCAAAACAUUUACUGUGAUGUAGUCUCACCAUUUAUGGUAGACACUGUUGAAAUUAGCAUUUGCAAAAUAGCAUUUGUACAUGAAACUUGAAAGUGUAUUCGCUGAUUAAAGCCACGUUAUUCAAACAAAGCUAGCGAGUGGAUUUUGAGUUGAGAUUAGUGUGUUACUGAUACUUCUGCUGUAUAAUGUACCUCAGGUGAUUUUCACAUUAAGGAAUGUGUUGGCUGAUCUUUUUCUUUGUUUGUUUUUUACAUUACUGGGAUUGUAACUUGUUUUUGUAUAACAAAUGUCUUUCCUAAUCAUUAAAAUC